AUAUAAGUAGACUAGUGGUGAUAUACAAGCAAGGCCAAAUUCCACACUAAACAGAGACAGUUUUUGCGUUUCACAAAGCUCAAAGGAAGAGCCUUAUUUUUCAUACCAAUUCUCUUUCUCAAGUUACUAUGGGAACUCAAGCACCCACAGCCACAGAUAUUGAUGAAAAAUUAAAGAGGCAAAAAGCAAUUGAUGACUGGCUUCCAAUUAGUUCGUCAAGAAAUGCAAAAUGGUGGUAUUCUGCAUUCCACAAUGUUACUGCCAUGGUUGGAGCUGGUGUUCUUAGUCUCCCUUAUGCCAUGGCUCAACUUGGAUGGGGUCCUGGAGUAACAGUAUUAGUCCUCUCAUGGUUCAUCACAUUAUACACGUUAUGGCAAAUGGUUGAGAUGCAUGAAAUGGUACCCGGGAAACGUUUCGAUAGAUAUCAUGAACUGGGUCAAUAUGCUUUUGGUGAAAAGUUGGGUCUGUAUAUUGUUGUGCCACAACAACUUAUUGUUGAAGUCGGCGUUAACAUUGUCUACAUGGUAACCGGAGGAAAAUCUUUGCAGAAGUUUCAUGAUACCGUGUGUUCCGAUUGCAAAAAAAUCAAAUUGACUUAUUUUAUAAUGAUUUUUGCCUCUGUUCACUUUGUCUUGUCUCACCUCCCUAACUUGAACUCUAUUUCUGGUGUCUCUUUAGCCGCCGCUGUCAUGUCGUUAAGUUACUCUACAAUUGCUUGGGCAGCUUCUGCUCAUAAAGGUGUUAUAGAAAAUGUUGAUUAUGGUUACAAAGCUACGACUACCCCAGGAACUGUCUUUGGUUUCUUCAAUGCCCUUGGAGAUGUGGCUUUUGCUUAUGCCGGACACAACGUGGUGUUAGAAAUCCAAGCAACAAUUCCAUCUACACCGGAAAAACCAUCUAAGGGUCCAAUGUGGAGAGGAGUGAUUGUAGCCUAUAUAGUUGUAGCUUUGUGCUACUUUCCAGUUGCUCUCAUUGGUUAUUGGAUGUUUGGAAAUAGUGUUGAUGACAACAUUCUCAUGACUUUAGAGAAACCAAACUGGCUUAUUGCAAUGGCAAACAUGUUUGUUGUUAUCCAUGUUAUUGGAAGCUACCAGAUCUAUGCAAUGCCAGUAUUUGACAUGAUUGAAACAGUGAUGGUAAAGAAGUUGAAUUUCAAGCCUACCACAAUGUUGCGUUUUAUUGUACGAAAUGUGUAUGUGGCGUUCACAAUGUUCAUUGGUAUUACUUUUCCGUUUUUCGGUGGUCUACUAGGAUUUUUUGGUGGAUUUGCUUUUGCUCCAACAACAUACUUUCUACCAUGCAUAAUGUGGCUUGCAAUCUACAAACCAAGGAGAUUCAGCUUGUCUUGGUGGUGUAACUAUGUUUGCAUUGUGCUUGGCUUAUGUUUGAUGCUUUUAUCACCUAUUGGAGGAUUGAGGUCAAUCAUCCUUAAUGCCAAGAGUUAUGAUUUCUAUUCUUAAACUAAUAACAAUGAUGGCAACAUUAUGUACGCAAAUGCACGAAAGAAGUCGAAUUGUAUGAAAGAAUUUGGUUAUUAUCUAAUGUGAAUUAGUAAUAUUUGUCUAUGGAAUAUCCAUAACAUGCUUAUUGGUGGAGAAAAAGUAGCUGCAACAAAGUAAAGGGAAUUUUCGUCUUUUUUAUUUCAACUCUCAAUGUAUAUUUCUUUCCCUUGUUUUAGUGAACUUGUUGUUAUAAUUACCUAUUAUGUUUUUGCGAUAUAUACAUUUUUUAUUUUUAAUUA